AUGGCUUUUUAUGCUGUAGUAUUACCAAAAUUACUGGUCUUAUUUUGUUUGCUUAGCAUUAUUGAUAGAAUUGAUAUCCAGUACGGCAAAUUGAUCGUUCAAGGAAAAAAUGCAGCAUCACCGCAUGAACAAAAAUCGAUGGAUCGAAAAUUUUUUAUUCCUAUGCAUGCAAUUAAUCAGAAAAGGAAUAAUAUUGAAAAGAAUGCAAAAGAUCUCAUCCAAAAGUUGUCACCAAUAUUGAAUCUUGAUACAAAUCAAUCUAUAGUUGGAGAACAUUUAGCAUCUUCCGAAAGAAAGAAUCCGGAAAAAGCAGCGGGAAUCGAUGAUCAAUAUGAUCUAACAAAUACAUUUAAGGCAGUAUCGCUGCUAACGCACUUACGUUCACUAACUAAUCGCUUUCAGCCAAAUGUUCGACAGUACGAUGAAAGCUAUCAUCAAGAAAACGGAUUGAUUAAUACUGCAAAUAAAAAUACGAAAUCUGAGAAGAACAAUAAUCUCAUAAACAAUCAGCAUGAUAACACUAGAAAAUGGCAUUUAAGUAAGGAAGAUAUUUCAAAGAUUGAUAAUUUCACUUUGGAAUUGAAAAAAUUGAUUGAAGAAUCAGCAAGUGGUGCUCUUCGUCGAAAUCCACGAGAUAGCUUUCUAUACGAUCCUUUAACUUUGACUUCCACACAAAGUGAAACUGAUAUGAAUAGCACUAAUAAAAAUGGAAAAGAGCUGGAAAUAAAUGAAACGAUGAGUGUAGGGAAGUCUUCAGAACUUGCUACCACAUCAAAUUUUCCAAGAACAUCAGAAUCAAAAACUGAAAGUGAACAAGAAAGAUAUUCGGAAACGAUGAGUGUGGGAAAGUCUUCAGAAUUCGCUACCGCAUCAGAUUUCGCAAGAACAUCAGAGUCAAAAACUGAAAGUGAACAGGAGAGAUAUCCGAAAACUCCUGAAAAUACAUUAAAUACCUUGAUAGAUGAUGUCACAGAAAAUAUGUCUGAAGAACAGUUAACCGGAAAUUUUACAAAUGAAAGAAUAACAACGUCAAAAAUUGAGGACAUACAAGCAAAAAAAAUGCCGAAAGAAAAAUUUAAUGAAUCAGACAGUGACUUUUCUCCUAGCAAAGAAAAUAAAGAUAAUGAGAAUUCGACUUCAAAGAAACAAGAACAUCAAAUAAAAACCGAUGAUGAUGAUAGCAAUAUAUUUGAUGAAUCUGAUCAGGAUGGUGUCCGAGAAGUAUCAAUCCUAUCAAAUUAUAAUAAAGAAAAAAUUAUCUAUGCAUCAAAAUCUCUCGAAGAUCAACCAGAUGUGCCUGAGUCUGACCCUCAAAAUAAUGCUCCAAACAUGGAUUUUAAGAAAGUGAAAUCGCAAGUUGCAGCUGAUGUAUCAGGGAGUAAGACUGAUAAGGAUAUGCCUCAGGAGUUGCAAAGUACAGCGAUAAGUGAUAUUACCUCUGAGGCGAAAGGUCAAGGGUUAACAUUGGGAUGUCAACCUGAUGUCAUCGUAGCAACCAAAAACGAUAAUUUGUAUUACAGUACCGAGAAUUGGCUCGAUGCCAAGAUGCCGAUAGUGGUUCGUCGCACUAAUUGGAAUACGAAUGUAACAAGUUUGAUCACUGAAACUCGUACAACAAACCAAACUCGUAUUACAAUCACAUCGCGCGUUAGUAAUACAACACAUUUCAUCCUAGGAAGCCGCAACUACACCUAUAAUGGCACUUCUUGUUCGGCUUUGCCAGAUACAGCGGCACUGCCAGCAGUAUAUUUGCAGCCGUCACUUGCGGACAUUUACAAUUUUACUGGCACAUCAAUGGCUGAAUUGAUCGAAUUGCUCUUUGACUACAAUUUUAACGAAGGUCGUUUACAAAAUAAAACAGAAGUUGGUGGAAUUGAUGCAAUUUUGUGGCUGGCUUGUGGUAAAAGAAAGGGUAUGAUAAUUCAGUCAGAAGUAGCAUACGCAGGUCAACAUUCCCAGCAGUCAUAUUCAUCAACUGUCAACAACCCAUAUAUUUUGUCUUUGCGAUUUUCUGUGUUUAAUGAUACCGAUAAGACAUUAACUGAUUAUGAUUCGGUUGAAAUUACACAGCUUGAAAUGUUAACUAAUGAUUCACAGUUGGAGACAGAACUGCCCGAAGGAUUGUACUGCAGUGGUUUUCCGGAAGCGAAAACACCGGUCAUGUUUCCAAAGAAAUUCGAAAUGUCCUUUGAUUAUACCGAUGUUGACGGCAAAGUUGUUCACGACAUGGAUAUGUACUACAACGGCAAUGAGCGCAUAUUUUGGAUGCGUUCAAAUAUUCGAGCAGGGAAAGAUACUCCUUUCGUGGGAAACGCAACAAUUCCCGAAGGAAUGACGAGCAUUCAUGUUAUUCAUGAUUUUCAGUACGGGCUUCAGUAUUUGCUGGAUGGAGAGAAUAAUAUUUGUAGCUCUGUAUCGGCGAUCGAUGAAAAUUUUGGUGAUAUUCAGAUGAUGAAUGCAUCAACGAAAGAAAUUGAAUUAAAAAGACCAUCGAAUUUGUUCUUGAGUUCUAGUGAUUCGGCAUUUUAUUAUGCAGGAAAGCGAAUAGUAAAUGACAUACCAUUGGAUGUGUAUGUUACGAAAGUCAAUAGUUCACCUACAAUUUCAACAGUUAUUGAAAUGCUUUAUACUACGGAAAAUUGGGUUGUGGAAACAGCUGUGGCACCUUUUCUUCAUUCAAUAAUUCACUACCAUAAGGAUGAAUCGGGCAAGAAAACAAAGACGAUAAUUCGCCUUCAUUCGUUCAAAAACGAUUCAGAAGCGGGAGUUCAGCAAACUUCACAUUCCAUCUAUCCGUGUCUUAAACUUGUUGAAGACAGUUAUCUGUAUAUCAGUAUCAAGAAUACGACACUGAAAGAUUUGGAAAGUUUUGGGAUUGGACUAGUUCGAGAAGGUUUACGUGAAGCUGUGGCGCACGUUGCUAAUGUUUCUGUGCUUCGAAUUGCCAAUUUCUUCUUUAAGCAAAUUCAAGAUAACGUUGUAGCAUUCUUCAUCAUUGGUGAGGCAUCAGGUGCUAAACCUGCAAAUACAAGUAAUAGAUCUAAUGAAAUAAGUGUUGAAUCAGCCGUUAACUUAUUGAAUGCGACACUGAGGGAAAAGGAUAUAAAAUUCCCUAUUCUCGUUGGUCAUCGCAUGGUGAUGCUCAGUCUUUCAAAAGCAAGUCUGGGUACCAUCCCAACAACCUGGGGAACAUUGCCAGCAUCUACAUUUCAUGGUUAUACAGGUGGUUCGAUGUUUGUUCUUGGUUUCUUCAUGCUUUUGCUUGGUGCAGCACUUAGUAUUGGCAUUGUAUACUUUAUUUGGAAGCGACAACGUUUCACUGGUCUUGCUUACCAAGUAUUUGAGUAA